CUUUGUUUUUCAUAAUCAGAUCCAUCCGCGUAAAAUUCAUUGCAACCUGAUAUGAUACAAAACUUAGUAUCAGUGGACUUCAACCUAAAAACAAAUCCCCUGUCAAUAGAGAAGCAACUGAAACAAGAGGGUCCCUGCAACUCGUUUCUCGGGCCCUAAUUAUAGUGAGACACCUGUGACUGUAAUCCGCUACUGAUUCCUCUUUGUGGUCCCAAGAAAAAAUAGUGCGAGACGGAUUUUCAUAUCUGCAGCACACACUGACGCUGAGCCGCUGUGCAGCUCAGAUUAUCCGUGCAGAAAGCAGCAGAGCGGUGUUCACAGUUCCCGGUUUAAUGUUCCCAGUAAGAUCCUGAGGGAAAUCCAAACCACCACUAAUAGGUUAUUAUGGGGACGCGCAGUGAUUUCUUAUUUCACAGCGGGGGUUGGAGGUCUGUCAUCUCAUACUAACUGUCCCCAAACUGACUGACAUCUGCAAUGAGAUACACACGUGCGGAGAGUUAUUCUACGUGUGUGUGUGUGUGUGUGUGUGUGUGUUGCUAGCCUUGAGACCUUCAGCGACAAGGCCCCAGCAGUUUGUCACCCAAAAGCACCCCUAAUCCGGGUUAUUAAGGGGGAGAGGGGAAGUGGUGUCACCUCCAGCUGUUUGAUACAAAUGAGAUAAGACUAUAUGGAGCUUUAAUGUGCGGAGGCUGCAGAUUUUUUAGGGGGAAAUGUGCCUUUAAAAUAACCCGGCCUGAUGACUCUAACCUUUGCAGCCUAAACGGCGGUGACACCAUUAAAGUCUUUCUGCAGGUUAGCACUUCUCCCGGGCUGAGUGGCGCGGUAACUUUAAUGCGGCCUUAAUGAGGACGAACGCGGGUUAACGACGUAUGUAGCCGUGUUUCAGAGGCCAGGCCUGGGUUUCAGCAGAGAGGGACAAAAAGAAACAAUAUUUACGACACUUUUAAGCAUACAUCACUUUGACAUCUGUUCGUCUGGCACCUGGCAUCCAUUAGUAUUAAAUAUUUCAUUCCGCCCUAAUUUGGAGCUCUCUUUGUCCCGGACCAAGGACACUGGGAAAAAUGGAGGGCUCUACCUUUACUGCGCUUUUACGCGGCCUUUCCUUUGUGCAGAAAAGUGCAAAUGGGGUGUUGAUACAGACCACACCGCUGCGUUAUGCACUAGACCCGAGGAAUCGUUGAGUCAUACCUGGAUUGGACUUAUAUUAAAUUUCCUCAUCCAUUAAGAUCCCAGCAUAAGCGCAGAAACAUUCCUGUAAUUAGUCAGGUUUGGGUACACGAGCGUCAGAUUCUUACACAGGGUUAUUAGAUUACUGAGUGGACUGAGGGUUUAGUAUCCUCAUAAACAAACAGAGGCCGGACAGAGUCAGAUGCAUAAUGUCAGUGAGAAUUGUGACAAAGUGCUGGGCCUCUGAUAUUUUUGUUCUUCGAUUAGGAGCCUGACGCCAGGAAAAUAAACGAAUAAAACUCGGGAAUGAUAGAAAUUUGAAUAAGUUUUCAUCGAGAGCUGCCGUUCUUUGUGCUCAGUGAAGAAGUGAACAUCUCACAGGAUUAACUCAACACUGAGGCCUCCGAUAUGCACCGCGGUGACUCUCCUGACCUGCAGACAAGGUGAGGCUGCUGCAUUUCUUUGCACAAUUUAAAGACAAGUCGCAUGAGUUAGUGGCACUUUAAUAAGCGAGAACACUGUUGAGCAGCAGAACCAGUCAGACACACUGAGGUAAAGAUCUCUCCUGUUGUUCUCUGGUGGCAAAAAUUGUGAAUGAGACCCAAAAAGCUGAAGCAUCUGUUUUAAUUUUCUGAAGUCUCCCUGUGUGUCCCUGUUGGUCACACUGUCUUCACAGGGUCACUGAUGCUGCUGAUACAGAGCCAACACUCACUGUAACCACACAGCGUUUUUAUUCCAAAUACAGCGGCGCCAUCUGAUGGACAUGUAGGGAAUAAAUGUCAGUCCUCACUUAAAAACUAUUAGUCUCUCCUCUUUAGUUCGUCCUACUCCUUAGAGUCACUCACUAGCUAUUAAAUGCAUGGCAGGGUUACUAUGAGUGAACAUUUUAUUACAUCUAACCUGUUUUUUGUUUUUUUUUAAAUAAUGCCACAAGUAGUUUUUAUCCCAGACUGAUGUUGAGAUCAGAUCUCUGUGGGGUCAGAUCAUCUGUUGCAGGACUUCUUGUUCUUCUUGUUGCUGAAGAUAGUGCUUUAUGACUCUGUCUGUGUGUUUGGGCUCAUUGUCUUUCUGCAGAAUGAUUCUUCCUGAUGUUGAUGAUGGGUCUGGAUGGUGGCAACACUGCAGCAACAAAGGACCAGCAGCCUAUUUUUAUCCCAGCAGAAUGUGAACACUGAUGAUCCUCUGAGUUGGAGGAGCUGCAGAUCUUCUAUGGAGCCUGUUUUGAUGCAGCCGAUAUCAUCAGCUGAGGUACUGGGACUGAGCAGCAGCACUGGACUAUGGUGACUGCAGGUGUAGAGACAACUCUGCUAAAAACCGCAGGUCUCUCAGGCGGCGAUGCAGCAGCACCACAUGGGCCAUAAUGGGACUGUGUCUGCGGCUUACCAUAUGACUGCGGCAGGUGUUUCUCAGCUGUCACACACGGCUAUGGGGGGCUACUGUAACGGCAACCUGGGCAACAUGGGCGACCUGCCGUCCUACCAGGACGGCAUGAGGGGCAGCGCCACGGCCACCGGCUGGUACGGAGCCAACCCAGACCCGCGCUUCUCCACCAUUUCUCGCUUCAUGGGCUCGUCAUCUGGUAUGAACAUGGGCAGUAUGGGUAGCCUCAGCUCCCUGGCAGACGUGGGUAAAGGCAUGGGCUCUCUGUCCAGUACCCCACGGAGAAAGAGGCGAGUGCUGUUCUCCCAGGCGCAGGUCUACGAGCUGGAGCGACGCUUCAAGCAGCAGAAAUACCUGUCGGCGCCGGAGAGGGAGCACCUGGCAAGUAUGAUCCACCUCACCCCGACCCAGGUGAAAAUCUGGUUUCAGAAUCACCGGUACAAGAUGAAGAGGCAGGCCAAAGACAAGGUGUCCCAGCAGCAGAUGCAGCAGGAGAGCGGCUCCUGCCAGCAGCAGCAGCAGCAGUCCCCGCGGAGGGUGGCCGUGCCGGUGCUGGUGAAGGACGGGAAGCCGUGCCAGGGCAGCGGCCACACGCCCACGUCCUCCGCACAGACGCACCACCAGCAAGGGGGCAAUGUCAUGAUCAUGUCCAACAACACGUCCGGCCUCGGGCAGCAUCAGAGCCAGCAGGUGGGAAGCACAGGUCACUCUCCAGAUUUGGCGCCUCACUCCUCUAGUCCGCCGUCACUGCAGGGCCAAGUGGCCGGCCUCUCCCACCUCAACUCCCCCGGCUCAGAGUACGGCUCGGCCCUGCAGUGUUCAGCCCUGUUAUACGGCAGGACGUGGUGACAAGAGGCGCCGGCUUUGAUUUAAACCUUCCUCUAUUUAAAGAAAAAAAGAAACAUUUUUCAGCAGACUUCGACAAGUUUCACUGUAAAUGUGCGCGUUUGAACAAGAACCGAGUGAAAUCGCUGCAGCAGCUCUUCUUAAAUUUUCACCAGUUUUUUUCUUUCUUUUUUUUUUUUUGGAAGGAAGUGGAAGAAACACUCGUCCAGAAACUGCGGAUGUGAAAGUCUUGGGAUUUAUUUAUGUAAAUUAUAUUGAGACAAAAGAGGAAUCAGCAGUCACAUAGGCCGCAUUAGUUGUGGACAAAGUGAACCUGAACAGGGAGGCACAUAGACUACAGGACUGCUGAAUAUGGGUGCUGUUAAAUCUCCUUUCUCAAGCACACAAACAAACAAACAAACAAACAAACACGCCAGAUGACUCUGAUUUAUAAUAGAAUUUAAUGUAAGCCGUAGAUCUAGCUUGUAUAUUUCUGUAAAAGGUUUGAAUUUUAGCUAUCUGUUGUACAAAGUUUUUGACGCUAUUGCCGGUUUGUUGUCGUUUCAUUGGUAUUUGUACGUUUUAUUUCUUUGUAACUUAUAUAGAUAUUUGACUUACUACAAAACAGUCCUAUUAAUAAAUUAUGGAAACAUGACAGUUAAGCUUUUUUUGU